AAUACCAACAGAAGUGACGUCGCCCAACAUAGCUGAUGCAACCUUUAAUAUGUAUGUUUUUGAACGGCCCUUAACUACACAGUUUGGAUAGGGUUUGAAUGCUCAACUACGAUAGCGCCGUCUAAUACAGUUAAAUUAACGUCACAGGUGGUACAUAUUAAAGAGACGCUGUUGAGGCAAACUACUACAUUUGAUCUGAAUACACCCUUAUUCCCCCCUCCCUCCACAACUCCAUUACAAGCUAAACGUUGCUUUGUUUACUAGUGUUAUUGCACUGACCGGACACUAAUGCAAAGUGUAUUCCACCUUUUCAUACAAACAUUCUAGGAUAAUUUCAGACUAAAUAGUGAGUGUGAAAGGCCCCUUAAGGUCGAUGCAUUAGAGUUUUGAAAUAUGAGGCAAUUGUGUAUUAGCCUCUUGUUUUGCUUGAUGUAUUCCACUUUUUCUACCAGUAAGCAGUUUUUAAAUAAAGUGAUUGUGAUGGUGUUCAACGCGGUGGUGCCAUUUUCUGGUACUAGUUGGUCUUCCCGAAUUAUGUAGCCUACAUAAAAGUAAAAGGAAAGGUAGGCAAGACAAUUCAGCACAGAAAGGAUUAUUUAUUGAAUGUAUACCACAACAUGCUUUUGGAUAAAACAGUGAUUAAAUAAUAACAUAGUACUAGAUGUGAUCUGAAAACCAGAUGAUCUUUAAUGAAUUGAUUGUUUAUUUAAAACUAGCAAUAGUCAGCUUGCCAGAGUUUCCAUUCUUCUCUUGCCAAAGAAGAAUGGAUGUGUAACAUUUAAAUGUAGGGGGACAACUAAAAUCAUGUAUUCUUUGCAGCAUUGCAGACACUUGUGAAAAGCCAUGUUAAAUUAUGCCAUCCCACUGUUUUACCUGUUAUCAGGUAAGGCCCUUUUAGAAUAUAUCUGUGCUGUAUCAGAGGUGAGUUUACAAGAACAGCCUAAAGGUACGGCCACACAACGCGUUACGCGCGAACAGUUGUACUCAAAGAAACCCAGUUUGAUUGGGAGUUAAUUCAUGAAUUUUCCUUUUUCUGGCAUGGCCUGAGUUGGAAUGCCAGCCAGUCAAAGCUGCUUUUCGUGCCACCACACGUCAAACAAAUAUAAAUACAUAUAAGUAAGCUCGAUUUUGAAAGUCUCCAGCAUAAAUAAGCCCACACCUCCCUUCAGGUAGUGAUGUUAUGGUUUGCGUCGAGGCAUCGGGGCGUGUGUCGAGUACCUCGGCUCCUCCCCCGAGCGAAGCUCGUAUCGAGUAGGAUUCACAUAGGAGAAAUGACGUAGCGUGUGACGUUCGAGGCUUCAUCUCGGGCUGUUCCGCGAUAUGGGUUCACAAUUGUUGGCACAUCAUUUACAAAAAGAAGACACUACCCAGUUCCAAGAUCACUUUAAUGGCUAUUGAAUGAAUCCUACUCAUUCUCAGUCAUCAUGCAGUUUUAUUAUUACAAUUAUUAGUAGGCUACUGUAGUUGAUAAGACAUUCUAUUUUGCCCGGAAUGUCUUAAAAUCUUUGUCAAAUGAUUUAUUUUCUACCAUGAGCUCGGGAGAUAUUUAUGAACGGCACCCUCACACGUAUCACUGAAAUGUUUUGAUGUUGUACGAAGCAAACAUCAUAUCACAGGAAACUAUUUCUUUCAUCAUAAUUGUAUUCACCACUAGGUGUCCCUAUAGCGUACUCAUUUGAAUCUUCGAGUUCGAACCACUUUGGUGGUUAAUCUGACUACGAGGCUUUGACGUUUCAUGAGGCAUCCUCUCGGCACCACUACCUUCAGGCCUUCUGCCAAAGUCAACCACAAAGCACAUCGCUAGCUUUAGCAAAAGGUCUGCCUACAGGCUACAGUUAAAGCCUUGUUGUGGAAGACUCCGGUCAUGCGCAAUGACGACAGGGGUAGUGUGGCCACUGGCCAUCCAAUAAUUCAAUUCAGGCCGAAUAAAAUGACUGCAUUUUUGAUAGAGCAUUUGAUUGUAUUUCUGUCGGGAAUUCCAUGACUUCUAAAGUCAUGUUUGAAAAAAAAAAAAGUUCUAAAACAACAAUACUAGUUUUUAGUUAAUUCUAGGCUUUUGCUGCCCGUUUGUCUGUUAUUAAGGUAAUUACGUCAUAUCCGUAGAACGGGAGGACCUCCUCGCUUGUUCAGCCAUGAUUCAGUUUGUGUGUGUAUGUUAGCGUGUAGCCUCUUAUAAGCUACGACAAACGCGAUAGUAUCAGGUUGUGUACCUUCUAUUUGUAAAUGGGCUACCUUACUUUGGUCAGAACAAGAAGCUGGACGCCUUUGCAAGGUAGCCUAGAGCGGUGAAGUGGACAUCUCGGCAUAUCCUUUAACGUAUACUAUGUUGAGUGUCGUUAACAUACGAGCUCAGAUUUCCUCUGUUAUCGAUGCACUGUCCAAAGCUGCUGUUGCAGAAAUCGCCAAAGUUGUCGAAGAUGGCAUGGUGGUGUGGCGUUUGGAAAUAUGCCAACGCGACAAUGAGAUCCUAAAGCUGAAAGACAACAUCGCCGUUCUCAACAAUGAGCUGAAAGCAGCGACUGGGGGUCAAGAUCGAGGGAUGAUCGUUCUUACUGAGGAUGAACGACCAGGGAGUGAUGUCGCCAAUGAUGCCUGCAAUGAAAACGUGCUUGACAAGGACCCAAGCAAAGGGUCCACACCUGAGGUACAAGUCAAGAGGGAGCCUGGCGAGAAGACCGUCACCGACGCCAGAGAGGCCCUGGCCCAGCAGGGAACAGAACAGACCCGCUUUGAAAGGGAAUCUGGAACGUGGAGAGCAAACUCCAUGUACAACGCAGCUGGACUCGGUACUUCUGACUAUCUGGGUUUGGCAGAGGGCCUCCCGCCUGGUCCAUCGGCUCCCACAGGAGUCGGCAGCUCCUCUGGCGUUGUUGUCGGCUCAGGGGCUGUACAGCAAAACUCUGCUGCCCGUGAGCAGCUUGCGUUCAGCUAUUACCGUAACAAUUACAACCCGGUCCGGUGGAGGAACAUUAAGAGCUUAAUGUUUAAGAGGGGCUUCGCCUGUCUCUACUGUGGCAAGAACUUCAGCCGGAGGGCCCACCUCGAGAGGCACAAACUGAUCCACACUGGCGAGAAACCGUACGUCUGUGAGCUGUGCGGUCGGCGAUUCAACCAGAAGAGCAGCGUCAAGGAACAUAUGAAGAUACACCAAAAGGGUCUUCAGCUCAAACCAGAAAUACAAGGCACAGCUGAACAUCGGCAAGAUCCUGAAGAGAAAUUUAGUGCAGACACCCCCCAUGCUGAAAAUGGGGGCCAGUCUACAGUUAAAGAUGAGCUGUUGCCUGAAGAAGCCCAUCCCACCACAGGUUUUCCAGUGAAGUCAGGACCUGAGGUGAAAGUGGCAGCCCAACCCCUGAACCCAUGUCCCGGGGGAAGUCAUCCAGCCAGGGAGGCCAGCGGGAGCCCGGCGGAAGACGUCAAGGUCUUCGAUAGAGACAGAGAGUUGUGGCUGCCGGGGCCUCAUGUGAAAAAGAACCCAGGCACAAGCAACGGCGUCAUGGGGAGGAGCAUGCCCUCUGGGUCGGGACACGGCUCCUUACAUCCUGCUACCCCACGGGAACAUUUACGGCCCUUUAACAUGUCGGUGAAACCGUACCGAAGUCCGAGUGACAACGCCACUUCGCUGACGCGAUAUUCGUCGCCGGGGUCGUUCGGUGAGACGGGGAUGUCGGCAAACUUCAACUGCAUGCCGUGGCAGCCGCACUGGGCACGGAGGAACCCCUCCUUUGAGCCGGCCAAGCCCAAGAAGUGCUUUGUCUGCCCGUUCUGCUGCAAGGUCUUUGAGCGCAGCGGACACCUCGAGAGGCACGUGAGGAUCCACACGGGCGAGAAGCCGUAUGGCUGCCAAAUUUGCGGGAGGUUCUUCAAUCAGAAGGGCAGUCUGAAGAUCCACUUGAAGACCCACAGAACUGAACAGAGCAUAGAAAUGUUGGAGGCGCUGCAACAGGAAGGCAACCCCCAACCCCAGAUGAUCGCCGGUACGUCCAUGUCCGGACCGCCCGCCUUGGGGGGCCGCAUCCCCGACUCGCCGUACGACGCCGGCCGCGGCGAGCCCCCGGUCACCGUGAAGCUGGAGCCCGAGACGGACUACGUCCUACCGCCGGGAAACGCCCAGGGCAUAGCGGACGACGCCAACUUCCUGUGGACCUCGAUCAUCGAGGACGGGGGCCGUAGCCUCUCGCCGCUGGCGUCGACGUACAGCGCGCACGCGGCCAGCGUGGUGUCGAACAUGGUGAAGGACUGGUUGGGCCCCGGCAGCGAGCCCGGGGCCCACGGGGCCCACGGGUCCCAGGACAAAGAGGUGCCCUCGGUGAAGGGCAAAGAGGAUAUGGAGAUGAUGCUGCAGGAGCCGUAUAUGGGCAUGGACCCUUCCCAGGAGGGCGCGUCGCCGUUCGAGGUGCCCGACCUGAACGCCCUGGACGAGGGCUGUGGCGGCGACGGGGACAAGCAGAACGGGUUCAUCUGCUUGACCUGCGGGACGAGCUAUGAAUGCUGGAGUAACUUUGAAAGCCACCAGUGCAAAGAUCCCACUGUCAUACGUAACAUGGCGACGUGUAUUCCUUUUCAAACCCAGCUUACCUCUAUCAUGGAGGUGUUGGUAAAAACAGCUGUGUCAGAAAUUUCUAAACUUGUCGAUGAUAAAUGCGGUUCUUUGCAUAUUGAAAUAUCACGAACACAGAGCGAGAAUGAAAUCCUGAAAAGAAAAUUAUUAGUCAUGGAAAACCAAAAAGCACAAAUGCAUCGGGGAUUUGAAAGCUAUAUUGACAGCGGGACAGAUGCUGGGAGCAGCUGCCCGCAUCCCGCCGGAAAUAUCAAGGAGGAGACUCCAGAUGAAGCAGUAUGGAGAAGAAGAUCUUCAGAUUCUAUAGGGCAUGCCAUGCAAUACUCGAACACUUCGGCCGAGGCGCACCUGCUGGACGAGGCCGGCCAGUUGUCCAACGCCGAGUUCACCAAUGAAGGCACCCCGAACCACUUCGCCGUUUCUCACAAUCCGGGCCUACGGGGAGAGGAGACAAACGACCUGCAGCUGACCAUCAAAAUGGAGAAGGAGGAGGGUCACUCUGCGUCGGGUCGGGACAGGUGCCAGCACGGCACCGGCAAACAGAACCCGCUCCCGGGGGACUUCUCGUUGGACGACCGCGAGAACCAGCUGUGGUCGUCCAUCAUCGAAGGCAACGACAUCGACGCCGGCUUCCUGGACUUCUCCAGCGUCGUGGAGGAGUACUCCAGCGCGUUCCCCAACCACCCGGACACGCACGCCUUCCCCGGCGGCCACUGCAAGGCCGGCGCCGGCCCCCCGUCGUCGGCCCCCAAGCCCCCCUGCAAGGCCCCCUACGGCGGAGAGUACCAGAAGGACGCGCCUCCGCCCGCGGCCGCCGCCGCCGCCUUCCGGUCCUCCAGGGGCCCCCCCGACGCACACGACGGCCCCCCCCCGGGUGACCACGCCGCGUUCCCUCCCAGGAUCCCCGGGCUGGCCCACCCGGCGCACGAACCCUCGGAGCGGGACGCCGACUCGGACCGGCCGGCCUUCUCGCCGGACGGCUUCCCCCCCCACCCCCCCCACCCCCACCACCACCAGCACCACCACCACCAGCACCAGCACCCCUCCGCCGGCGCCGCGCACCACCACAGGGCGGGGUCGGCGGCGGUGGCCGGGGGGGCGACGCGGGGCUACAUCUGCUCGCUGUGCGGCAAGGCCUUCGCCCGGCUGCACCAGUUCAAGCUGCACCAGCAGAGCCACAAGCGGCGGCGCGCCUUCUGGUGCGGCGUGUGCGGCAAGAGCUUCCAGUGCUCGUCGCACCUCAACAUCCACCACCGCACGCACACGGGCGAGAAGCCGUACGGCUGCGGCCAGUGCGGCAAGCGCUUCACGCAGCAGAGCAGCCUGCGCGUGCACCAGCGCACGCACAGCGGCGAGCGGCCCUACAGCUGCACGCAGUGCGGCAAGACCUUCAUCCUGCUGCACCACCUCAAGAGGCACCGGAUCAUCCACGCCUACAGCUGAGCGCGCGCGCGCACGCACACACACACACGCACACACACACACACACACACACACACACACACACACGUAUACAUACGCACGCACACACACUUACUCUCAUGCACGCACAUUCACACCAGGACCGGAAUGAGAUGGUGGAGU